UUGACCGUUUGGCGGAAGCCAGCUGAUUUGGUCUUCCUACACAUCGCACAGGUACAGUUCUGCUGCUGGAAUCGCAGAAUGAGCGCUGGACGGACGUCUGAGGGUGCGGGGUGCAUCGCUUGGUGGGGAUUCAGUCCUGCACGCGACCUGCUCAGUAUGGGCCCUGUGAAACAGGAAGGACACGUCAAUGUUUUACUGAUUGGCAGUGGAGAUCCGAGACAUAUUUUGAAGACCAUUGCUGGUUUGCAAGACAAACAAAGUCUUCAUGUAUGGGUGAUAGAGAGCAGCAUGGAGGUGGUGGCGAGGCAGCUCUUGAUGGUUUACCUGGCUCUUAUGCCACACGAAAUAAUUGGAAUUAAUGAGAAGACCGAGGUUUUUCUGGAGGUGUUCGGGAACAGUGAAAUCCGCAGCCAGACAGAAGAGAUGCUCCACCGGACCGCGACUCAGCUCGCUCUGUCUGUCACUGACACACUGGGUGCUGCCACUCACACCUGCCUGGACACAACGUCUCUCAAGUUCAAGGAGCGGGAUCAGCUUGCUGAGAUAUUCAAGAUGUGGAUCCAGUCAUCUUCACCUGAGCAUCCUUUAUUGAUGUCCAAAGCUUGGGAUUAUCGAGUCAGGCAGCAUCUUGGUACACGCUACGACGCCAAAAAGGGCUGCUUUGACUGGGACCUUACAAUGAAGCUGCAUGAGAAAGGAUGUGGUGUCAUUAACAAACAUCAAUAUGCGCGAUGGAGAGAGCAAGGACUGGCAUUUGAAAUGAGGGAAGGCAUCUAUCAAAAGACAAAUCCAACUUUACUCUCUUCCAGAGUGUUUAAUCAGAGAAGGGACAAAGUGGCCAUCAGGGGCUACUGGGGAGACAUCGUUUCAAGUCCUUAUCUGUCCUUUGGCAUUGAAAGUGAUGACAAGGACCUGCUGAAAACAAAGAAUGGGCAACACAUCAAAACAGCACAGGAUAUUUCCAUCGCAAACCUGCAGGGAUUGUUCACAUCGCUGUCCAGCAGACGGAGCUGUAACACAGCUUGUAUGUCAGACACAAAGGCAGAAGAGGCAUCCACAAGAGCUGACCAGAGCUCCAUCUCCAUCACUGAGUUGAUGCACCUGAAUGAGGUUUCUAUUACGUUUCUGCCAAUGGACUCGCUUCAAAAACUGCCAGAGAAACAGAAAUACUCCCACUUCUUCAACACAAUAUACAUCUCUGCCAGCUGCGUGCACCAGUUGGGCCCCACGACGAGACAGAUUGCAGCACCAGACGCUGUGCUUGUCCUGGAGUUGGCCAAGUACAUUUUGGAUCUGAACAAAGAGCAAGAGGCAGGCUUUGUGGAGAAAGUGGAGAGCAUGGCUCUGGAAGCUGGAUUUGAACCAUGCAACAAAGGAAGCAGUGACGACAUCCAUUCAGUUUUCAUACAUCCUAAGAAGUGA